AUGUCAUACUAUGAUCGGGAAGCCUGGUUGCGAAAUCUUCAAUUAAAAGAAGGCGCGGUCGUUCCUGGAAAAUUUCCAGUUGGAUUAUGUUUCUUCAACAAGUGCCGCCGUAUUCGUCCCUAUCUACCAGCCUUCAUGGCCAAGACCGGCAAAAUCGCCUGCCUAGCAUGCGGCAAUGGGCCAGGUUCGUAUGCCAGUCAAACUGGAAUCGUCCCAUUCCACGAUGAUGAAUGGGAAGUCAACCACGGUCCGACUACGAUCAAGCCGCCGACGAUCGAAGAUCUCCACGACAACGAGAUAUCCAACGUUACUUCAUACCCACCACUGGGAGUCGUAAAUGACGACGAUGUUUUCUCUCACACCUCUCUCGGCUCAGAGGUCAACGAUAAAGUUGCUGAGAACUCUCAUCGAUCUCGUCUCAACACUGAAGAUGACGACAACAUCAUGGAACAAGACUCAGCCCAGAGCUAA